AUGUUCUACUCUACCGGCGUUGUCGCUAUGAGCUUAUCGCCAGCGUUCAACUUGCAUAUCAGAGCAGACGGCUGUGCAGCGUUUAAGCCUAGAACACGCGAAGACAGCAUAUUAUUGCUUGCGCUAUAUCGGUGCACAUGCCUCGAUCUCGACGCACCCCAGCGGACGGACAGCUCGAGGAGCUCCCCUUCUUCUGGGCCCGUCCGUUCUCACCUUCCGGCACUUCCUAUGGCUACGCUGGCAUCGUCGCUCCCUCGCCGUCCCAUAGGGGUCUACGAACAUUGGGAAGAUCCUGGUCUAAUAUUGCCGUCGCGGGGUGUGCCAGACAGCGUCGUCAUGGCCGCAGACCGCGGAAGCUCCGGUGCAUGUGGACGUCCAUUUCGCGCAGCUCACUUUACGCCGGGCCAUGCGCGCCCCGGCUCUGCCCGCUCUUUCCCCGUGCGGUGGUGCAUCCAGCAGCGCAGCAGGCCUUUGCAUUGCCGUUGCUACUGGGCAGUCGCGGGGUGGGUGUCAUGUGAUGCAUGGCGGAGUAUAAACCCCCCCCCUCGUUUGCCUUCUUCCCUGUACAAUCCUCCGACGAUGCGCCUGCCAGCCGGCGAGGGAUGUCCCUCGCCUCGAGCAAUCCCAUCUCGAGCAGCCCUCUUCUUGAGCAGCUUCGGAGUGAAGCACAUCGCGCAGUCAUGGCGUGGUAUCUACUUGCCCAUUGUAUCAGACUUUCAGCAUGCGUUGGUAUUCGGAGAUGCAACCUUAAUGUGUCUGACCGAAGAUGCUUCGUCGUUCCCAGUCUUCAUGCAGUAUGCUGUUUCCAAUUUCUCGUGCUAUGCUUCAUCCACAAGAAGCAUGUACAGUACAGAGAGCUCAAGCUGCGAUGGGAAGAAGACAAAGAUAAAACGGAAGGAUGGCAAAGCCCUGCAGUCGCAGGAGCCGAAACCACAGAAUUAUAUACUCUGUAUCCUUCGGCAGAUGCACCAGCAGCACGAGCCCGAAGAUGAUCAGGUUCCUUCAGCACCACACCCCACACCAAGCUUUACUUCGCAUAAUUACGAGUAG